AUGGCCCUCGUGCUGGCCGGCCACGAAGGAUCGAACAUCACUCCUGAUCAGGUCGACGCCCACGCUGUCCGCUCACCAUCCAGCCAUGACCGGGGUGGCGAGCCGCCGCCGCCCAAGCGUGCGCGCUCUUCCGCAGAGGAGCCUCCUGCUACACCUGUAGACACUCAUCACCUGUCCCAAAAUGGCGGCCACGGUGGAAGUAGCCCUGCCGACAACACCAUGCAACCGUCGAGCACGCGACUCUACAGCUGCGGGAAGUGCAACAAGAGCUACGCCCGUCUGGACCAUCUUAGCAGGCAUGUCCGGAUGCAUACCCAGGAGAAGCCUUACCAGUGUCAGAUAUGCUCCAAGGCGUUUGCCCGCGCAGACUUGCUAAAACGACACACGCUCGGCCAUUCAAAGGACGACCCGAACACGAAGCCGGCUCUCAUUCAGCACUCUAGAGUAUCACAGGCCUGCGAAGCCUGUGCUGGUCUUCAUCUCAAGUGCGAGGAGGAGAAGCCUUGCAAGCGCUGUACAAAGAAGGCUAUUCAUUGUAACUAUACCACGACCAACUACACGCCCACCGCCAUGGAGCAGUCUCCGGAGAAUGGGUACAUUCCUGAUCAACAGCAGUAUCACGAACAUAUGCAGCGAAUGCAGAAUCUUCCGCCAAUGCAGCAGCAUAUGCAGCCCAUACAGCCUGCUCCUCCGGUACAUCGUCAGUCAUUCUCUCAAACACCACAGCAGAUACCGCAACAGCUCCCACCCAUGCAAAUGACCGAGCAGCUUCCGUCAGCUCCACAGCCUCCUCCGGCGCCUCAGGCCCAGAUGUCCAUGGAUGGCAGCAUGAUGCCUCCACAACAGCCCAAUCCUAACAUGUUCCACUACUUGCGUGAUAAGAUGAUGCCCAUGCAGGACCAAGCGAACGGAAACGGGGUGCAGGUCAUCGACUACCAGGCCGGUCCUUGGACGCCCCGGGAGCUGUUCGACUUCGGCGUAGAUACGAACAUGGAGCUGAACGAUCUCGACCUCAGCUUUCUUGACACGUAUAACAACGCCAACCCCUUUGAUCUACGUACUCCGAGUAUUGGCUUUACGACGAGUGGAUCAGACAUCAUGCCCAACUUCACUUCUGCCCCGGUACCGCCUCUCGACACGACAGCAUUGCCCAAGGCUUCGGUGUGGCGAUUCCGGCCCAUACCGAAUAAUUCUGGUUCUGCCGAGCAGGUCAACCUAUCUCUGCCAACACCUACCAGUCUAGAGAUCGACCGAAGGGUGACCUGCGAGCCUAUCACGCAGACUGCACGAGACAAGAUCUUGGCCAUGAUUCUCAGUACCUGCAAGCCAAACAGCAUUCCAAGAGCAGUGGCAUGCUUUCCUUCGAUCAGUCUACUAGAUAGUUUGUUCCAGUUCUCCCUCACAUCUCCCGGCUCUCAUGCGAAACACUGGAUUCAUGCCCCAACCCUUCUACCUGGACAGACACGAUCUGAAGUGCUCGCGGCUAUCAUAGCUGCUGGUGCAGUAUUGACACCGGAUGCGGCCAUUCGAAAGGUCGGCUAUGCGAUCCAGGAAGCCAUCAGAACAGCGGUGCAAGUCCACGUUGAGGAAGACAAUAGCUUGAUGCGGGAUCUUCAGAUCAUGCAAGCUUCGCUGCUGCAGUUGAAGAUUGGCUUAUGGAGUGGCGAUAGCCGGAAGAUGGAGCUUGCGGAAGGCUUCCAGACAGUCCUUGUCACGAUGGCGCGGCGGGCUGGUCUUUUCCGACGUGGAACGUACGAGCGGAUAGUGCCAUAUCCAGACGACCAGGGCGACGCGCUGCAGAACAAGUGGCGAGCAUGGGUCAAGCAAGAGUCCCGGAAGAGGUUUGCUCUCCACCUGUUCCGCCACGACCUGGAAGCAUCAGUCAGCCUCCUCACUAGCCCUCUCAUCUCUUACGCCGAGCUGUACUUGCCACUACCCGAAUCCGAGAAGCUCUGGCACUCUCCCACCGCCGAACAAUGGAAGGCUCUCUACAUCCAAGCUAAUUCCGCUCCACGCCUCAACCGCCAGCCCUCCCUCGUCGACUGCAUCCAAGACCUCGACAUUCUUGCCACGAAAGACAUCUACGUAGAUCAACGUCAGGCUAGCAUGGCAGUUCUCGGUGCCGCCUGGCGUAUGAUCUGGGAGUACCGGCAGCUGGACUCCAGCAUGAAGGACAUCAACAACCAGUGGUCGAACGGCAACCUUCUGAUGUCCUCACGACACUCUGAGCUAACCAAACUUCUCCAAUGCUUCCGCAUCUCUUCUGUCGAAGAUGCGAAAGUUACUCUCAUUCUCGAACUCCUGCUUAUGCAUCUGCACAUGUCGCUCGACGACGUUCAGCUGUUCGCCGGUGUGGAAGGCGAGGAAGAGGCACGGCGCGUCUAUCCAUCGCUCGUCCAAUGGACCAAGACUUCAACCGCCAGACAAGCCCUGUGGCAUGCUGGCCAGGUCAUCCGCGCUGCACGCACGCUUCGUCCGGGCUUGAUCUGCGACUUCGCGGCGAUCGCAGUCUACCAAGCCAGCUUAGCAUUCUGGAGCUACGGCAUCAUCACUCGCGCUACGGAGCCAGGUCCAAUGUUGGACAACUCCAUUACCGCAUGGCUGGACGGUGGAGAUGAUCACGGGGUGCAGCGAUGGAUCGUUAAUGGAAAGGGAGGGGCUGCCAUCCGCACGUUCUCCGGAAACAACAUGCAGCCCUCGUCAGCCCCGCAAGAAUCACCGGCACUUGUGACGAACCCAGAUGAGACAGUGUUGAGCUUGGUGAUGGCGAUGCGCAGGAACCACAACGAGGCGAGGAGUCCGCCGCUGGUGGAUAAUCUGAUCAAUAUCAUGGAGGGGUUGCGGAAGGCUGCGAGGACGUAA